CAGCUGUGAAGUUGUAGAAGUUUAUCUGAGGCUUUUCUGAUGAGUCGUGAGCGUUUAGAAAGUUUCAGUGUGAGAUGAGCAGCCCGACGGUCCCUGCAGACUUCUCAGGACACAUGUUGGACCUGGACGAAGACGAAGACCUGGAGGUUUUCACCAAGAAAACAUCCAUGACAGAUGGAAGUCCUAUGCCCAACUCUCCCAGCUCCAUGGUUAACCAGUACGGCCUGGAUGAAGAAGAGGAGGAACAGGGCACCAGUACCAAAGACAUCUUCAUCACUGUUGACAACCCUGAGAGCCAGGUCACUGCCAUUGAGACCUUCAUCAUGUACAGAGUAGUUACCAAGACUACGCGUAGUGAAUUUGAUUCCAGUGAGUAUGAGGUACGUCGGCGUUACCAAGAUUUUGUGUGGCUCAGAGGCAGACUGGAGGAAUCCCAACCAACGCUCAUCGUCCAUCCCCUACCAGAGAAGUUUGUGAUGAAGGGAAUGGUGGAGCGCUUUAAUGAGGAUUUCAUCGAGACGAGGAGGAAAGCCCUCCACCGCUUCCUCAACAAGAUCUCUGAGCAUCCCAUCCUGUCCAGCAGCGAGCACUUCAAAGUCUUCCUCACUGCCCAGGAGUUGACACCUCACAGGAAGCAGGGUCCAAGCUUCUUAAGCCGGAUGGGGGAGACAGUGAGGGCAGUGGCAAAUUCUGUACGAGGCUUGAGAAGCCGGCCAGAGGAGUUUGUAAUCAUGCAGGAGUAUGUGGAGGACUUCAGCAACAAGAUUUCCUCCAUGGACAAAGUCACCCAGAGGAUCAUCAAGGAACAGAAAGAGUACCUAGAUGAGCUGGGGCAGUACAGCCCCACCUAUACCCAGUGGGCCGGGGCAGAGGAGGAGCUGGCCGAGCCGCUGAAGGGCAUGGCCGGCUGCGUAGAGCUGUGCAACAAGGAAACAGAAGAAUUGAUCAGCCAUCUCGCUGAUGUCCUGGUACCCGCCCUACAUGAGUACGUCCUCUGUGCUGAGACACUGAAGACUGUGAUGAAGAGGAGAGACAACAUCCAGGCUGACUUUGAAUCCAAGAGUGAGGCCCUGGCUGCCAAGAAAGUUGACCAAGAAGCACUGAAGGAGGAAGUGGAUGCUCUGGCAGACCGGGUAGAGUUGGCCAAUAACGCUUUGAAGGGAGACUGGUCCCGCUGGCAGAACAGCAUGAGGACUGAUCUCAAAUCAGCCUUUGUUGCCACCGCUGAGAAGAAUGUGGAAUACUAUGAGAAGUGUCUGGCUGUUUGGGAGAGAUUCCUCCUCUCACAGAGGACGGAGCCCAGCGAGGAGCAAGCUGGAGAAGACGCCUCUUAAUGUCUGGAGAUGGACGGGGUCCCACUAAUCAACCAGAAGUGCCCAAAAGUGCCCAGGGGUGCUAAAAGCUCAAAUGUACCUAAAAGUAUCCCAAAGAACCCAAAAAUGCUCUGUUAUUCACAACUGAUGAAAAGUAAAAGUACCGCAAAGGCCUCAAACAGUUACCCAAAAGUACCCCAAAGUGCGUACUUGGGUUACAUUUGGGUGACAGUUUGAGCACCUUGGGGUACUUCUGUGUGUUAAUUAGGAUGCAGUGCACCUUCUGCCUAUAACACCUCCCUAAAAACUAUGGAGAAUCUUCAAAUAUAGACUCUCAAUCAGCUUUCAUGCAUUGUAUAUGAAAACACACACACACACACACACACACACACACACACACACACACACACACAUUCUUUCAUUCUUUCUCUUUCUACCAGAGGAACCAAAGAGGUUGAUCCCAGUCUCAUCAUUCCAGUCAUGAUUCAAAAUCACUAAAGCACAGACUGUGCUGUAUAUGAAGUCUGAGUUUACACACUUCCAUGUGCAUGGCCAGCCACUAAAGGUAAAAUACACUCUAAAACACUGUUUAAAAAGAAAAAAAAG